AUGUAUCAAAUGUAUCAAAUGUAUCAAAUGUAUCAAAUGUAUCAAAUGUAUCAAAUGUAUCAAAUGUAUCAAAUGUAUCAAAUGUAUCAAAUGUAUCAAAUGUAUCAAAUGUAUCAAAUGUAUAAAUGUAUUAAUCAGAUGAAUGAACCCGUGGGUAUAUGA